CGGGCAGUCCCGGAGGCCUUGAGGCCGGCGGGAAAGACCCGUGAUUGCAAAGGGGGCUCAGGACGGAGACCACCGGACUCCUCCCUUCCUGUUCCGACCCCGCCCUUACCCAUCACCCACCCCCGCGUUUGCUCCCCAGGCGGAUUUGGCCUUGGCCUACGUAGCUCUUCCCGCGACGGGCUGGACGAUGCCCAAGAAGCUGCUGCUGCUUCCCCCGCUCUCCGUAUCCUCGUCCUUUCGCGCCCUUCGAGCUCGACCCGCCGCCUUCCCAACCAUGAACGCCGCCCGCACGGGAUACCGGGUUUUCUCAGCCAACUCCACCGCUGCCUGCACGGAGCUAGCCAAGCGCAUCACUGAACGUCUUGGUGCCGAGUUGGGAAAGUCUGUUGUGUACCAGGAAACAAAUGGAGAAACAAGAGUUGAAAUAAAGGAAUCAGUUCGUGGUCAAGAUAUCUUUAUUAUACAGACAAUACCAAGAGAUGUGAACACAGCUGUUAUGGAGUUAUUGAUCAUGGCCUAUGCACUGAAGACUGCCUGUGCCAGGAAUAUUAUUGGAGUCAUCCCUUACUUUCCCUACAGCAAACAAAGCAAAAUGAGAAAGAGAGGUUCCAUUGUAUGCAAGCUCCUAGCUUCCAUGCUAGCCAAAGCAGGUUUAACACACAUUAUAACUAUGGAUCUUCAUCAAAAGGAAAUACAAGGCUUUUUCAGCUUUCCUGUGGACAACCUUAGAGCAUCACCUUUCCUACUUCAAUAUAUCCAAGAAGAAAUUCCAAAUUACAGAAAUGCAGUCAUCGUAGCCAAGUCUCCUGAUGCCGCAAAGAGGGCCCAAUCAUACGCUGAGAGACUUCGCUUGGGGUUAGCCGUAAUACAUGGAGAGGCCCAAUGUACAGAGCUCGACAUGGAUGAUGGACGUCAUUCUCCUCCAAUGGUCAAAAAUGCCACUGUCCACCCUGGUCUUGAGUUGCCUUUGAUGAUGGCCAAAGAAAAACCACCAAUUACUGUAGUUGGAGAUGUUGGAGGGCGGAUUGCCAUCAUAGUGGAUGACAUCAUUGAUGAUGUGGAAAGUUUUGUGGCUGCUGCUGAGAUACUCAAAGAGCGAGGUGCCUACAAGAUUUACGUCAUGGCCACUCACGGCAUCUUGUCUGCAGACGCUCCCCGCCUCAUUGAGGAAUCUUCCAUUGAUGAGGUGGUGGUGACCAACACAGUUCCUCAUGAGGUACAGAAGCUGCAGUGUCCCAAGAUAAAGACUGUUGACAUCAGUUUGAUUCUUUCAGAAGCCAUACGAAGAAUCCAUAAUGGGGAGUCCAUGGCCUACUUGUUUAGAAACAUUACUGUAGAUGACUAGAAUCCAGAAUUGCUUUUGUUCUGGGGCUCUUGAGAAAAAAAGGCAUUGCCAUCAGUUAUGUAUAUCACAUGUUUCUUUGUGGGGAAGAGAGUGCUGGGGUUUCUUGGAGUGGUGGUGGGGAAAAUUAAAUUGAGCAAUGUUUAUACCAGAAACUUUUUUUGACCAUAUGGGGAAGCAUUGUGACAGAGAUGAUGCAAAAGGAAUGAGUCAGCAAGCUGGAUCUCCCACCAAUCCAAUUCUUUUUAUAAAAGCUAUAAAUCCUGUGCUUAAAAUGAAUCCAUUUCAGAGGCUUAUCUAGAACUGUUUCUUAACCCUACUAAUUGGUUUGUUUCUUAGAAAAUGGAUUUGUUACAUUGAAAUUGCUUCUACAAACAGAAUGCUUACCCAUAGUGUUUAUGAACCAAAUAUCUCUUUUCUUAAGACAGGAGUAAGAAUUUUGUCAUUUAAACAAGAAUAUGAAGGGCAACUAGAUAGCUUAGUGGACAGAGAGCCAAGCCAAGGUUCUGGGUUCAAAUCUAGUCUCAGAUGAUAGCUGUGUGACCCUGGACAAGUCACUUAACCCUAUUUACCGAGUCCAUAUAGCUUUUCUACAGCAAUUGAGGGUGGGUGUGAGGAAGGUCUACUCCCCACUGACACCCCAAACGGUAAAUAAAGCUUAGCCUCUUCUCAAGCGUAUAUCCCUGCCCGCCCCAUCCAGUGGCCACUCCUGCCCUACCACAUCAAGAAGGUGUGUGUGCAACGAGUCCUUAAGACUGAAAUUCAGCAGUUAUAAAUUACAUGUCAAUAUGAGAUUAAAAUCCCUCUUUACUCACCACAACUGGGUGCCAUGUGAAAUGAUGAGAUUCACCAUUUUGCCUAUACUGUGUGAACUUGUCCCUUCCAAAUGCAGAGCCAGUCAUCUGUUGGGACACGAGGGCACUGCCCAGUGCCAAGCAAGAGCCCCACUGACCUAAAACACAUUCCACUUCAUGAAUAUUUGAGGGUCAGGAAGCAUCAAUGGACCACUGUGUGGUCGUGUUCUCACUCGGUGUGAAAGUUUCCUGCUCUCUUCAGUAAGUUCCCAACCCUCUAGAUAGGACUUUUCAGUCAAUUUAAUUAAAUUCUUCCAGAGUUGCCUUAUAUUACUGAUCUUUUGAUUCUUUUGCAAGUAGAUAGAGUUUUGGUUGGAAAGACCCUACAGAUUUGGGAAAAGCAGUAUUGUCUGGCAGAGUCCUAGGCUAGGUAGGCCUUUAGAGUUCAACUGCUGUAUAACAUGAAGAAUAUUAUUUUAGUCCUCUGGAUCCAUUUCCUUCACUACAAGACAGGAAGGUGGGGACGAUGGUCCAUUCAGCUUCUAGAAUCUGUUGACCUCUUUACUACUUGCAAAAUUCUGUAUUUAAUAGUUUUUCUAAUACCACAUGGUAAAUGUAUUCUAUAUUGGAGUACAAAGUUAUCUGUGGCCAAAAUGUAUUAUUUCUUUACCACUGUCCAAGUUUGAUGCCUGAAGGGCUGGCUUCAGUAGUUCUGGAGUAAGAAAAAAAAAAUCAAACCAUGGUUCUCUAGGCAUUAACCCUUGAGCUAAAAACUAAUUACAGAGCCAGAUGAGCUAGCUUUGUGAUACUUGCUGUCGUAGGAAUCUGCUAGAGAAUAGAGAGGUUUGGGGGUGCUUUUGUUUGGUUUUUUUUUUUUUAAGUCGAAAUAAAUGAAUAAAACACCAA